UUGCUGCCAGAGUGCUGUCGCGAGAAGUGCUUAGUGUUGAUGGUGAAGAUGUCUUGAUUAGUAGACCACAGCCAGAUAUACAACAUGAAGAAAUCAGCCCUGAGGGAGACAGUUUCACCACUGUAGAAGUCAGAGGAGUGAAAAGUUCUACUUCAGAUGAGAUGAUAAGUCUGUUUUUUGAAAAUUCAAAAAAAUCAGGUGGAGGUGAAAUAAAAGAAAUAACCCGCUCCCCAACAACAGGUGUGGUGACUAUCACUUUCAGUGAUCCUAAUGUGGCCAGGCAGGUACUUGACAGGAAAGGACUUGGUUUAGAAGGUGCAUCAUUGUCAGUUAGUCUCCCAGUGCCUUCAAGAACUAUAGAGGUACGAGGGAUAAAGAAGGGAACCUCUAAUGAAACUCUGGAAAUGCUGUUUGAAAACAAGAAAAGAACAGGUGGUGGAAAAGUUGAGCUGAUAGAGCACAAGCAGGAUUUCAUUCUCAUCACAUUUGAAGAUGCAGAAGUUGCUGAAAGUGUGGUAAUGCACAACCAAUCUAAAAAAAUUAUAUGGGAAGGCCAAGACUUGGAGAUAUGUUUACACACUGAAGGACAACCAACAGAAGAGCCAGAGGAGAAUGAAAACAUCUUAAAAGAAAGACUUGUGCAGAAAAAAGCAUGUUCUAGCAACAUUCGAGUCAAAGGAUUAAAAAAGUCCACCAGCAAGGUCACCAUUCAGAUGUUUUUUGAAAAUCGAAAAAGGUCUGGGGGAGGGAAUGUGCUUAAUGUGGAAGUGAACAGUGAAGCUAGAGAAGCAGUGGUGACAUUUAAAGAGCCAGAAGCUGUGAAUCGGGUGUUGCAGAAAUCAGAGUCAGAGGUUGGACUUCAGUUGGAAGGCUGUAGACUUCAUGCCAUUCUCUCUACACCUCCACCCCCCAUUGAUAAGCACAGGAUAUUCAUCAAAGGACUGACAGAGACCAUAACAAAUGAACUUUUAGAAAAUUUUCUUGAAGCAAAAACAAACUGUGAUAUAGAGAGCAUUGCAUAUGGUAGUGAAAUGGGAACAGUGCUGGUAACAUUUCAAGACAUUCCAGAUUUUGAGGUAUUAAAAACUGCAUGUGAUGACAGGACCAUAGAAGGUGUGCACCUAACUGUGGAAAAAGUGCCGCAGUCCAACAGCAUCCAAGUGUUUGAUUUGGCCCCAAAUGUCAGCAGAGAUUUCUUAGAAGCCCAUUUUGGAAACCAGACACGCAGUAAUGGGGGACCUGUUGAAGCAGUCCAACUUUACCAAGACAUGAACACAGCAGUAGUUACAUUUGGAGACAUUGAGGUAGUGGAGAAGGUCCUCAAAAAACAACAAGUUCUGAACGACAAGGUUUGCAGGACAGCCAUUUUCUACAAGUGCCUUGGUGUUCUCCCUGGAGACCAUGACCGCUCCAAGCCAUAUUUCCCCCUGCCUUCACCAGUGAGUCCUCAUGGCUUAAAUAUGACAGUCAUCCACUUCAUCUCCAACAUUCCACGACACAAACAACUUGUGGAUGAGCAGUUUGAAAAAGUACAUGCCAGAGUUCAGUGGCCAAGCAAAGAGUCGGACACUCUCACUGUGGUUUGUACCAUUACCCGCAGCAUGCCAGAUUACCAAAAAUUGGCCAAGGCUUGGAGAGCAAAUGUAGAAAAUACAGUGCAAAAAUGUUUUUUAGAAGAUUUCUAUUACAGCGAGUUUGCCAUCCUUCAAGCUGCCUGGGACAGGGUACUUGAACGAUUGAAAAAUAUCUCCCAGCCAUCAAAUGAUGACUUUGUACUACAGAUAGAAGAGAAGGACCACAUGUUGAGAGUUUUUGGGGAAGCAGUGACAGCUCAAAGAGUGGCAAAAGAUGUCCAUAGCAUUAAUGCCCAGGUGGAUGAUGAAAUCAAACGUGAAGCUGCAACCAUUACAGAAAAGAAGAAUUUUAUGUCACAUGAACUACGCUACCUUUUGGCAAUUAAAUAUAUUGACACUGCAAAAAGCAAGUUUCCAAAUCUGAAGAUAAGAAUUGACCUUGAUCAUGGAGCAGUGGUGCUGACUGGGAUUCCAGAUGACAUAAAUCAAGCCAAGAUAGCCAUUUAUGAGAUCAACAAUUCAUUACAACGUGAGGCAUUCUCAGUGUCAAAAUACAUUCUUGAGCUCAUUCCAACCAAAGCAUGCCAUGCACACCUUGUGGGGCUGUUUCAAGAGAAACAACUUUUGGCAGUCUGGAAAGCAGGUGAGAGAGACAUUACAGUGUAUGCUGCCACUCAAGAUGAUGUGGCACGUGCCAAAGCCAUCAUAAAAGCUAGUCUUGUGGAAACGCCUCUCCCCAUAGCUGCUGAAUCAAGAUCCAUCGUGGGUUCUCCAGCAUGGGAAGAUGUCAUUACUGAACAGGAAAGACAACAUGCAGGACUUUUCAAAAUUUUCCCUGAAGAUGACAUGAGUGCAGUCACUGUUGUUUCCACAAAAGAUUUAAUGGGAUAUUUCUUGGAGAUAAUUCAGGGUUUUCUGAGAGCUAACACCAUCCAUAGAAAAUAUCUUCGCAUGGAGAAUGGAAAGGUACGUUUUCUUCGAAUGCAUAAGAAGCAGGAACUCAGAAACAUUGAAAGUGAAUUGGUUGGAAAUCAAGUCAAAGUUAAGUUUAGUGAAAGUCCAGCAGACCCAGGGUUCCUUAUAACAGGCACUGAAGAUGGUUUGAUUGCUGCUGAACAAAGAGUAGUUGAUCUUGCCAAGAAAGUUGAUUCCACAGUGAAAGAAGUAAACACACCUGGCAUGCGCAAAUAUAUAAUUUCACAACGAGGACGAGAGUUUCUAGACCAUCUAGAGAACAAAGGUAACUGCACUGUUGAGUUACCUCAGCCAGUUGCAUCUAGUGAAAAAACAAAAACAGUAGAGGAAGAAGAUGCCAGAAAUCCAAUAACAAAGUCCACCUUGAUUGCCGAGGCCAAGACAGUUGAAGGAUGUAAUGUGGCAAUUUACCAAGAUGAUCUUACAAAGCACAAAGCUGAUGCCAUUGUUAAUGCUGCAAAUAGAAAUCUUCAACUCAUAGGAGGCCUGGCGAAAGCUAUACUAGAUAAAGGUGGAAAAGAAAUCCAGAGAGAGUGUGAAAUGUACACCAGGAAGUGUGGAGCCCUUUUGGAUGGCCAGGUUUUCACAUCUACUGCAGGAAAACUUAAAAAUUGUGGAAAGGUCAUUCAUGCAGUUGGACCAUUUUGGCAAGGAGGCAAUAAAAACGAAGAAAAUCUUUUAUAUGAAGCAGUUUUGGGCUGUCUUGAGGAGGCGACUACAUUUCGGUUUAAGUCUAUCGCUUUACCAGCACUUAGUUCUGGGGUGUAUAAAUUCCCUCUUCAUAAAUGUGGGCGAAUAAUUUGUGAAGCCAUUCGAGACUUCUCUAAGAACACAAAGCAUGGCUCACUGACAGAUAUUCACCUGGUGGCUAUGGAGGACAGCACUAUUGAUGCCUUGAAAAGAGCUCUGAUCAGAGUGAUUAGAACACCAGGUACACCUCAAGAUGAAGAUGAGGAUGAAGAAGAUGAUGAUGUUGAUGAUUUUGUUGGUGCAGUAGGAUACACAGAUCCAGGAGAAGUUCUAAGGGAUGAAGAUUUCAAUGAGUUAGAAGAAAGCAUCAUGCUGUCGGAUUCUGAUCCAUUGUAUUAUCAGACAGGGAAGGCAGGAGUGGUGAAGACAAGUCAGGGCUUUCAGGUGACCUUGGUAAAAGGGGCUAUUGCAGAUGAACAGGUUGAUGUUAUUGUAAACACUGUUGGGAAAGACCUUGAUAUGAACAAUGGUGCUGUAUCAAAAUCACUGCUAACCGCUGGAGGCCGCGUGCUUCAAGAUCAAUGCAAACAAAAAGCCCCAAAUGGCAAUGAAUUUGGCGAUAUUGUUCAGACGGAUGCAGGGAAGCUUAGAUGUAAAGCAGUCUACCAUGGAUCAUGUGAGAACUGGAAAUCUCCUGGAGCAGAAAAGAUUUUGCUAAAGCUUGUUCGUACCUGUUUGGAAACUGCAGACAAGGCAGGAUUUUCAUCUAUUUCCCUCCCUGCUGUAGGAACUGGAAACCUGGGGUUUCCUAAGGAUGUUGUGGCCAGAGAUAUGUACCAAGCAGUGGCAGAGUUUGGAACACGUAACCCAACUACAAAACUUAAAGAUAUACGUUUUGUUGUGUAUGACAAAGAUGAUGCAAAUAUUGCAGCAUUUGAGGCAGAGAUAAGGAAUGUAACCACAAGUCCAACUAAGAAGAAACCAGGAUUUCACGCAAUGAAUUCAGUGGAAUAUGAUGUAGAUCUAGAGGAUGAUGAUACUGCUGGUUCAUACAGAUCCAUAGUUGCAGGCAGUGAACCAAAUCAGAGGAUGGCAAUGGUUGGAAAACUUAGCCUCCAAGUUCAACAGGGAGAUCUAACCCAAGAGACCACAGAUGCCAUAGUGAACAGUACCAAUGCAGAGCUGGAUCUCAGUAAAGGAGCUGUUUCUAAGGCAAUUUUAGCUAAGGCUGGACAGGACAUCUUAGAUGAAUGCAAACAUCAAAGUAAAUUAAUGAAGAGUGGUAGUGGUGUUGCAGCCACAGGAGCUGGACAACUUCCCUGUAAACAUAUCAUCCAUCUUGUUGCACCACAUGUAAAAAGUCUCUUUGGAUCAGCAUGGAAGAAACCUGUCUUAAACUGUCUAAAGAAAGCAGAAGAAAUGAAACUUUCUUCCAUUUGCUUUCCUGCUUUAGGAACAGGGGAACUGAGCUCUUCACCUAGGGAAAUAGCUACAGAAAUGUUUGAUACCAUUGAAGAAUUUAGUAAGCAGUGCAACCCUCAGCAUCUGCGAAUGAUUCGUAUCACCAUAUUUCAGUCAAACAUGGUGAAAGACUUCCAUGAUGAGCUUAGUAAAAGAAUGAAAAAGAAAGAAAAGAAAGGAUACAUAAAACAUGCGAUUGAUGCCGGAGCAGGUAUUCUCACCAGCCUUACUGGUAUUGGGGCAAAAGCAGAACCAAAGAAGAAAGAGAAAAGAACUAAACUGACAGAACCCAUGUCCAUAUUUCUUACCAUUUUUUCUGACAACAAAGAGAGUAUUAAUCUUGCACAGAAAAAGAUAGAUGAAUUAUGUGAGUCACAGUGCAAGGAGAAACUUUUUGAUGAUGCUGACAUGAUAACAAAAUUGUCUGACAAGCAGGUCAAACAAAUUCAAGAAUUGAGACAGUAUUAUCCUGUGCAUAUAAUGGUUGAAAUAAAACCUCGAGUAAAGCGCAUCCAUGUCCGGGGCACUACAGAAGAUAUCUAUGCAGUUACACAGGUUAUUGAAGGGAUCUUUCAAGAUGUGAGAGAUCAUGUUCAAAAGGAGUUAAAGGCUGAAGUUAUGGCUAGAUCAGUGCAGUGGUCUCGUCUGCAGAUAAGUGGUGAUGGCAGAGAGGAGUUUUGCAAAUAUUCCCCAAUCGAAAAUCUUGCCAUUGAGCAAGCAUACAGUGACAAGAAACCUUAUUACGAGUUCUUGGAUAGUGAUGGCCCAUGCAGGAUAACAUUUGCUAAAAUGGAGAAGACCUAUCCUUCAUCAUCUGCAGCUCCAUGCCCUGUAAAGAGAGUUGAUCUCACAAAAGUUGAAACAUUUGAACUUCCAUCAUAUUGGCAACAUGUGACCUAUGGCCAAAACAAACUGUGUGAGGUUGUAGAUUUACAACCAAGUCAACGGGAAUAUCAAGAAACUGAGACAGAAUUUCGCAAAACAGUUGGCAAGACUAAGAUAAACCAGAUUGUAAAGAUUCAGCGUAUCCAGAACCCCAAUUUAUUUCAACAGUACAUGGUACGUAAGACACAUAUGGAGAAGGUUAACCCACCUGGGACAGUUAACGAGCGUAUGUUGUGGCAUGGGACCAGUUCAGACACAUUAGACAGUAUAAACAGAUAUGGCUUCAAUAGAAGCUACUGUGGGAAGAAUGCCACUGUUUAUGGUAAUGGUGUGUAUUUUGCUGUCAAUUCUGCCUACUCUGCCGGAAACACCUAUUCCAAACCAGACAGUGCGGGGAACAAGUAUAUGUACCAGUGCCUAGUUUUGACAGGAGAAUACACCAAGGGAAAAGAAGGUCUUAUUGUGCCACCACAGAAAGACCCCAAUGAUAAAAUGAUCCUUUUUGACAGUGUGGUGGACAAUGGCAAUACACCCAACAUGUUUGUUGUAUUCUCUGAUACUCAGGCUUAUCCUCAACAUUUGAUUAUAUUCAAUUAAAUGGUGGAUGGUUGGACAAAUUAAUGAGAGCUCUUGGCUCCUUUUAGUGCUGAUUUGAUGCAAGUGGGAUAUUAUAUUCGUUUCCUGCAAAAAUACAAAAAAUUUCAACACUUUUUUCUGAUGAAUAUGUGAUGCUUCAUUUAAUGCUGACACUGAUUGGCAGGGUUUUUUAAUCACUAGAAAAUUUCAAAGCUUGGUUAGAUAUCAAAUAAGAUAGUGGUUUGCAUUUGAGUCCAAAAUUAACUGACUAUUGAUUAUUAUAUUUUAAGCAUAUAAUAAUAUAUAUUAUAUACAUAAACUCAAUUUCUUAUUAAAA